AUGAAGAUGAAGAUAGAUCCCAAACGCAAUGACACAGAGGCAACUGAGUUUAUUCUGCUGGGACUGACUAGUUGGCCAGAGCUAUAGCCUAUGCUUUUUGUGGUAUUUCUCCUGAUUUACCUCAUCACCCUGACCGGGAACUUUGGGAUGAUUUUCCUAAUCCAAUUCACUCCUCAGCUGCAAACCCCCAUGUAUUUUUUUCUUACUCAUUUAGCAUGUGUGGAUAUUUUUUAUUCCACUAAUGUCUCUCUGCAGAUGCUUGUUAAUUUCUUAUCUGAGAAGACCAUUUCCUAUGCUGGGUGCCUGGCCCAAUGUUUUGUCUUUGUGACUCUGUUCCUUACUGAAUAUUACAUGCUUGGUGCCAUGGCCUAUGACCGCUACAUGGCAAUCUGCAAUCCCCUACAUUACAGCAGCAAAAUGACCAGGCCCGUUUGCAUCUGCCUGGUGACCUUCCCCUACUUUUGGGGUUCUAUGGUGGGCACGAUGCAAGUAAUACUGACCUCUCGCUUGUCCUUUUGUGGACCCAACACCAUCAACCAUUUCUACUGUGCUGACCCACCCCUCUUAAUGUUGACAUGUUCUGACACUUACAUAAAACAAACUGCCUUGUUUGUGUCAGCAGGAAUUAACCUCACAGUUUCCCUGCUCAUCAUUCUCAUUUCCUACAUUUUAAUCUUCAUCACCAUUAUGAGGAUCCAUUGCAGCGAAGGGCAGCGCAAAGCCUUCUCCACCUGUGGCUCCCACCUGACAGCUGUCGCUAUGUUCUAUGGGUCCCUAUUCUGCAUGUACCUGAGACCAGCAAAUGAAGGGUCUGUUGAGCAAGGGAAACUUGUGGCAGUGUUUUGUAUUUUUGUGAGUCCCAUGCUGAACCCAUUUAUCUACAGCCUGAGAAACAAGGAUGUGAAACAGGCCUUGAAAAGAAUGUUUAUGAGAAACUUUGGUAAGACAAAGAAAAAUUCAGCAACUACAGUAUCCCAAUAA